UACUUUGGAAUGUUUAAAUAUGGCGGACAUUAUCAAAAGUGUUGGGUAAAUAAAAAAAAAUAAGUUGAUUAAGCUGAUCAUAGUCUUAUGCAUGAACAGUACGAGACCUUAACAUGGAUCCUACAUAUACUGAAGCUGUUGCAGCAUCUCUUGUUCGAGAAUUUUUAAGCAGAAAGGGCCUGAAGUGUACACUGCAAAUGCUGGACCAAGAAAUGCCAAGGGGAAAUAAUGCCAUAAGUAACAGACAAUUGCUGAUGAAAGAACUUCAUAUUGAGAAGCUGAUGAAGAAAAACAAGGAAAUGUUGGAGCCCUUAAGAACAAUGUUAGAAAUUAUAACCAAAUAUUUUCUGGAGAUGACCAAACCAAGUGACGUGCCUAUGAUGUCAUCGUCCCAGGAUUCCCGGCCAGUGUCUUCCUCCCAGUCGUCGCGGUCCAGUGAUCCUAAUGAUUUGAUAAGUCCCGCUGCUGAUAGGCCUACUUCCUCUGGUUACGGCUCUGCCAAGUCUAAGACAAGUGUGCGUAAUGGUAACCAGGACCUGAUUAUUGAUGACGAUGUUGAGGGUGAGACUGUCCUGGGGGGAGGGAAGGCGGGGCUGAUGGAUAAAGAGGAAACCAAUGACUAUCUUCCCACCCCACAGAGGCUCCAGGCUAGACCGGUCAGUGCCAAGAGGAAAGGGCUAUCUGGACCAAUCACCAGCAACUUAGAGGACUCAGGAAGAAACAGAAAACUAAACAAACCUCGACCUUUGACCUCAGGGUCUCGCAAAAUUCUCCUUGAUUCCACAGAAACAACCCCUGAACCUAGGCGGACCUCAUUAAAUGAAGACAGACUUUCCGGCCUGACUUUGGGUCAGGGAACAGGAAGUGGCAUUGGGCGUGACAGGAAGUCUUCAAUACAGGAUGUGUUGGAUGUCAAGGAAACGAAAUCAACAAAACAGAAAUCUGUCUCUGGGCGACGUCAAUUGUCCAUGGAGGAUGAUUUACCUGGGGACUACAGUGUAGAUAAAUCCAGUAUUGCGAACAGACCCCCAACCAGAGGGAGUCAACGCAUAGAAAAAUCACCUUCCAGCAACUCUCUUUCAUCAAAAGCCUCUACAAAAGUGGGAGAUGUAGAAUUUGGUGAUUGUGAUGACCUUGACUCAGAUCUAGCUGACCUUGACCUCGGUCCAAAGCUCUCUGUUGGUCGAACAGUUCAGAACUUGAUAGAUGCUAGACCAAUCACCCUGCAGACAGCAAUAAACCUAAAGUCUUUGAUAUUUGGGUCAGCAAAUCAGUGUUUUAAUGAUGAAUGGAAGUAUCAAGGUCUUGUGUUCUGUGACCUUCCCAAGCUUCAGUAUGGAAUUGUUCAGAGAAAGGGAGGGCCCUGUGGUGUUCUGGCAGCCAUCCAGGCCUACGUUCUACAAGAGUUACUGUUUGGUGAUUGUAAAAUACCACUCAAAAGAUUUGGAGACCCAACACAUGAAGAGAGAAGUCUAGCCCUAGCUACAGCUCUGUCCAAAAUAUUCUGGAGAGCAGGAGAACAAAAGACAGCUGUUGUGGCCAUAGGUUCAGGAAAGGCUGUGUUUCAGGGUGGAGCUCCAAAGUACAGAGCAGAUGAUCUGACAGAGACUCUGAUGUUGAACCACUUUAAGUCGUAUGAGGAUCUACUGAGCUUCAUGACACAAAACGUUCAUUAUUUCAUGACGGAUGGUAAAGGGGGUGUGAUACUGACCCUAUACUCUGCCAUCUUCUCACGAUACAUUGACCAGGUGAGGGAAGACAUGGAUGAACCUACAGGGAAACUGAUGGGAGCCCAUGGAUAUUGUACUCAGGACAUGGUUAAUUUAUAUUUAACUGGAAAAGCCACAUCUAAUGUGUUCAAUGACAAGAUAGAGCUGGACUCAGGAACAGGAAGUGAUGUCACAGUUCUGAAAGGGGUCACAGGGAGGUCAAAUAUAGGACUGCUGUCUCUGUUUGAACAUUACAAAUCUUGCCAGGUUGGCACAUACCUCAAAACUCCAAAAUACCCGAUCUGGGUUGUGUGCAGCGAGAGCCACUUCAGUGUUCUGUUCUCCAUCAAGAAGGAGCUGGUCAGCGAUUGGAAGGCAGAGAGACGGUUUGACCUAUAUUAUUAUGACGGCCUGGCCAGACAGCAGGAGGAAAUCAAACUAACCAUUGAUACAGUAGACAUGGGAUACCAAAAUGAAAAAUCUGAGGAUGAUCUUGUCCCUCCACUAGAAUUGUGCAUACGAACAAAGUGGUCUGGGGCAAACGUAGAUUGGAAUGGAAGUGAACCGCUCUUGUAACAGUACUUCUGAUUGGUGGAUCUUCUAAGCUUAGAUAUGCCAGUUUUAACUUGCAUAGCUAGAAAACCAAACUAGGAAAAAAUGAAUCAAAGAUAUAAGCCCAGAGACAACAGGGUGUGAACAGUUUUUGAUGCAGCAAGAAAUAUUUUGGAACAACUCUAGAAAGGAAAGUGACGUAGCAUACUGUUUUAAUUUAUUCCUUAUAGGCAGAGAAAUAAGGGAAUAUCUUACCUCUUCUAGGAAGAAAGAAUGGACUGAUACAUUCAUGAUGUGACUUGUAAAGGUGUAAAAUAUAAACAUUUCUUGUUAUACAAUUAAAUAAAAUGCUAGACAUUUUUUUUCUUCAAGAUCUUGUUUUUUGUGAACUUUUAUUUAAAAUGUUAAAAUUUAUUUCAAUUCUGCUGAUUGUAUUAUUUAUUUAUGAAAUUAUUUACAUUGUGUCUUUUGUAAAGAAACAUAUUUUGUGCCAAGUAUACAUGUAGAUGUUUACUUGUAUAUUCAAAUUGUGAUAUUGUAGUUAAAAAAGUUAAAUCUAGGGGGCGAGGUUAUAUUAUACAGUACUGUUGUGAAUCUUAAUGCUGCAGCUAAAAAUAUACUGUUUAUGUCAUUUUUGUCUACAAAACACCAAUGAUACAUUACUAUUUUUCCAUCCUUUGUGUGAAGUCAAAAGUUUACUAUAAUAUACUGUACCAUAAUUAUAUAUUAACUAUUCAUUUAGUUAUUUCUUGUGUCAGACCAGGCCUGGGGGCCAUAAAACUUAGACAAGCUCACUUUUGAUCUCAGUCA